AUGAAAGACAUUGUUCAGAAGGUAAACACUCUACAUUCGCUUUGUAUGGGCGUGAAUAACCCUUUAAAUCUGCCCCAGAUAGUGGUGGUUGGUGCCCAAAGUUCUGGGAAGAGUAGUGUGCUAGAGAAUAUUGUAGGUGGUGAUUUCCUGCCACGAGGUAGUGGGAUGGUUACCCGACGACCUCUAAUGAUUCAGAUUGUACCUAGUCCCGAUAGUGAGACAUCUUGUUCUUUUGGACAUAUUCCUAACCAGGUCUUUGUCUUAGAACAAGUAAGAGGUGAGAUAGAAAAAGAAACAGAUCGAAUGCUCAAUUCUAAAAACGAUGUAUCAGCUAUCCCGAUUGUUUUGAAAAUUCAAAUGCCAAAUGGCUUACCACUAACUUUAAUCGAUCUACCCGGAAUCAUUAAAGUUCCCAUGGAAGGUCAACCUGCUAGUAUAGUCAAAAAAGUUGAUGACAUCAUCAAAAGUUACAUUCAAAAUCGAAACACUAUCAUUUUAGCCGUAACUCCAGCUAAUUUAGAUAUUUCCAACUCAGAUGCUUUGAAAGUAGCCAAGGAAGUAGAUCCUAAUUUAGAACGUACUUUGUGUCUCCUAACUAAAGUAGAUUUAAUGGAUCCAGGUACAGAUCUUCUUUCUGUUCUACAGGGUAACAUGAUUAAGGUCAAGUUAGGUUUUGUUCCAGUUAUUUGUCGGGGUGAGAAGUCUUUGAAGACUCAAACAACUAUUGCUGAAGCCUUGGCUACUGAACAGAGUUUCUUUGCUGCUCAUCCGGCCUAUGCAGCCAAAUCUAGCUUUUGUGGUAUUCCCUAUCUAAUCCAACGACUUCAUGCCGUGCUUAGUGAAAGCAUUCACAAAUCCAUUCCUUAUCUACAAGAAAAAGUAGAUCUUUUGAUUGCUAAAACAGAAAAAGACCUACAUGAACUAGGCGAUCCAGUUAUAGACGAAAGACAACUGCUCAUGCAAAUCAUUACUGAAUUCAAGCAUCAACUCGAUCAAAAAGUAUCCGGAUCACCCUCACAUACUGCCGCAGCACCUACUCUAUUUCUCAUUGAUGGUGCACGGAUUGCCUACUCUUUAGAUAUCACCUUUGCUAAAUUCAUUCGCAACUUACCGGUUUUUGAGGCCUCAGAUCGUGAAAUCGAAACGAUCUUAAUGAAUGCCUCAGGUGUUUUUGGUAACUCCAGCACGGCCCAAAGUCUUUCUCAUUUUGUAGCUCAUGCAAUCGAAAAGAUCACUCCACAUUGCAUUCAUCUUUCCGACCGCAUACUGAUGGAAAUGACUUGUAUGGUCAAUACUAUUCUGGAUCAGCCACACAUUGCUCGAUUUACUCAUCUGAAAAGAGCACUAGCCCAAGCCACUACCAGGUACCUCAAAGAAAGAUCGACCGCCUCCAUUAGUCUUAUCAAACAGUUUCUGCAAUGGAAUGCCGUCUAUAUCCGAUCUCCAUCCUGUUUCCAACCCAAUGAAGCACCCAACUCCCACUACCCCGAUAUCAAUACUUCCCCAACUGCUUCGCCCUCUUACACCAGCCACAUCCCACCUAAGUUCUAUUGGCCGCCCACCAACUCAACCUCCUCAACUCCCACUCCCAUCUCUACCAACCCGAAUACUACCUCUACAUCUACCAACUCUACAUCUACCAACUCAACCUCUACCACUACUAACCCCAUUUCCAAUACCGACUCCUUACGCAAUGAUAUCCUCCGGCAAAUCACUCACCUAAAAACCGUUGUGAUUGAACAAGUCCCGAAAAUCAUCGUACUAGAAAUCGUCCAUAAAACACUCACUCAAAUCCAGCAACGACUUAUCACUGAUAUCUACCUUCCAGAAGAUCUCCCUACCCUUCUAGAGGAAGAAGAAGCCAUCCAGCAAAAACGCCAAACCCUAUCAGCUACCCUAAGCUCUCUCUACAAAGCCCAACAAAUUACCAGAACAUUCUAG